AUGGCGAUUAAUAACCGGCUGCAACUGCUCUUUAAACAUAAGAAAGCCGACGCAACCCCAGAUGCUACAUCUAAUACUAAUAACGACAGCCCGGCUAAUCAAAAGACCGCGGAUGUAUAUGACAGGGAAGACGGCCUCGGUGACAAGCCCAGCGAUGAAGCUGUCCCGACACAGGAUGCCCAAAGCGGUAUCCAGAAGAUACAAGCUGCGACUCUGGUCUGGAGCCGAUGGUCGCUUGCCGGUAUUCUGUUCUCGCUCUGGCUUGUUACUCUAGCCAACGGUUUCCGGACUGCAAUCCAGGCCAGUUUGACACCGUACGCUACUAGCGAUUUCCAGAGCCACUCACUCCUUACCGUGAUCAAUAUUGUCUCGGGGGCCAUGACAUCUGCGCUAUAUAUCCCUGUUGCCAAGUUAGUGGAUGUUUGGGGGCGUGCGGAGAGUUGGCUCUUGAUGGUGGGAUUCUCAACCUUGGGCAUGGUCAUGAUGGCAGCGUCAAAGAACCUCGAAACGUACUGUGCUGCAGAUGUGUUCUACUCCGUUGGCUUUGGUGGAAUGAACUAUAUUCUCUGCGUCAUUGCGGCUGAUGUGACGAGCUUAAGGAAUCGUGGUAUUGCAUUCGCAUUCACCUCGUCCCCAUGGAUGAUUACAGCUUUCGCCGGCUCCAAAGCCGCCGAGAAAUUUCUUAUUAAUGUCGAUUGGCGGUGGGGGUUUGGCGCUUUUGCGAUUAUCCUUCCCUUCAUUGCCUCCCCGGUUUACUUCAUUUUGAAGUUCAGCAUGAAGAAGGCCGAGAAACAAGGCCUGAUCGCUCCCACAGCGCGCAGUGGCCGAACGCUCUCAGAGAACAUUCGGUUUUACUUCUUCGAAUUUGAUCUUCCCGGCGUGGUUCUCUUCGCAGCCGGACUGACCGUCUUCCUGCUGCCAUUCACUCUGGCCUCCCGUGCUCCCAACGGCUGGGGAACGGAUUAUAUCAUCGCCAUGAUCGUCGUUGGUUUCGUGGUUUUGGUUCUCUUUGCUCUCUAUCAGCUAUAUCUCGCACCUGUUCCUUUUAUCAAGCACAAGUUUCUGCUUGACCGCACCAUCAUCGGUACCUGCCUCCUCAAUGCGACCUACCAAAUGGCCUACUAUUGCUGGAAUAGCUAUUUUACUUCCUUUCUCCAAGUGGUUAGUAACCUUGGAGUAGCAGAGGCUGGCUAUGUGAACAGUACUUUUCAGGUCGUCUCCGGGCUGCUUCUCUUCAUGGUUGGUUAUGCGAUCCGCAAGACGGGCUACUUCCGCUGGCUGCUCUGGAUUGGCGUGCCCUUGUAUAUCUUUGCACAGGGAUUGAUGAUCCAUUUCCGACAGCCCAACCAAUAUAUCGGAUACAUUGUCAUGUGCGAGAUUUUCAUCUCCAUCGGCGGCUCCACCUUUAUCCUCAUCGGGCAGCUAUCGGUUCUAGCAGCGGUGGACCACCAACACGUCGCAGCAGCCCUCUCGGUGCUCUUCAUCUUUGGUGGCAUCGGAGGAUCCAUCGGCAACGCCAUUUCCGGUGCCAUCUGGACAAAUACCUUCCUGCCUGCGCUGCAACGCAAGCUCCCCGCAUCGGCCCUGCCGGAUGUUUUGACCAUCUAUUCCAGUCUCCCUGCACAGCUGGCCUAUCCGAAGGGCACCCCGGAACGGCUCGCCAUCCAGGAAUCUUACGGCUAUGCCCAGACGAGGAUGCUGGCGGCCGGAACUGGAUUGAUGGUGGUGUGCUUUGCAUGGGUGGCGAUGAUCCGCAACUAUAACGUCAAGAAGAUGACACAAACCAAGGGAGUUGUCUUCUAG